GAAAAAUGUGAAAAUAUCAGAAAAAAUGGUGUCAAGUGCGGGUUUUUAGUAAUAAAAUGAAAGUGUAAUUAGUGUGCAACCAAUUAAAUGCAAAAAAUCAGUGCGGGCGUAAAAAUUUCGGUGUUAAUACCGCGUUUGAACAUGAGCGCACCUCUGCCGGCGUCGGUAAUAAGUAAAGUGCGUGAAUUAUAGAGAGGAAAUACAAAAUGCGCGUUAAGGCAAAGUGAUACGUAGUUUCGAGUGCUUGAAACAACAUGAAAUUGGAAUACGAUACAAAUCCGUUCAAGCGUCCGAUGAAUGCGCUACAAAAACAAUGGUACCGCGUACUUAUCGCCCGACGUGUUGGCUACGGGCCGCCGCGAUCCUCGAGCAAUGCCAACCAAACGCAAACGUAUCAGCAAGUUUGCCAACGGCGCUACAUGGACGCAUUCCGUCGUUACAAUGCACAGUUCCGCAAGGAAGUGCAGCAGCACGAAUUCAUGCAGCCGACUGCCAUCGAUGCGAUGCGUGUUCACAGAACCUUCGCCAUUACAACACUUUGGCCGCCCUUGCACUCGAAACGUGAAAUAAAUCUGACACUGGAACAAUUGGAGAAUGUUUUGAAUGUCAAAGAAAGGUGGCGUUUGGAGGAGAUACUCAAGCGUGAAACGAAGCGCAGAUAAAGUGGCUACGGAGAGCAACGUGAGACAGGAAGAAUGGGAGUAGAGAAGAAGCGGAGUUGGAAUAAAAAGGGGAGAAAUAAGUUGCAAAUGAGGAAGAUUCGAGAAAUGUACUGGCUGGAGGGAGUGGAUGACAUAUCAAUGACUUGAAGAGCUGAAAUGUUAAAAUGAAAAUUGUUUUGGCUAAAGGAAAAACAAAGAAAGGGCGGGUUCGGAAGUAACAAAAAGCAAUAAGAAUUACU